UCUCACGCGGGGUCACCUGCGUCUGACCUGUGUCUGACCUGUAUGUGACGCCGACGCGGCACGUUCCGAGGGGGGAACGAGAGCUUUAAUUCAGUAACAGUAUUCAAAGGUUCGGGACACGCUCAAGACCCAAGUCGUUUUCUACCUGACCGUAGAUGUAAGCCGCGAGUCCUCGUCGUCGCCUCGAGCAAACUGGCAGGAUAUUCAUCGUACGUUCGACGUUGCUCCUCCCGAGGGAAACAGAGCCCGUACGUGCGAGUUCUAGGUUAUAGAGGCCACCGUUCUCAGCCCAAUGUAAACCCAAUGUGAACGGCAAGAUUGCGAUCAGUCAGUUCGGUCAGUUCGGAAGCUUAGCGAGCCUUAUGUAUUGGAACAGAACGGCGGCCGGUGGUGUGCGCGAAGAAAUGCCGCUAAGCUCGAUCAGUCAUACCGCGAGCACCACCACCACCGACACAGUGGAAAGUGUGAAUCCUGGCACGAGCACGCAGAUAACAUCGACCUGCUGCACCGUCCUACCACCACCGCCUUAUCAUAAUAUUAAUUUACCCCUUGGUCAUCCCUCUACGUUGACCAAUGAACGUGGUGCACCACCCUCCUAUGAGGAAGCGAUAGAUCCUAAUGCUCCACCGCCUUCUUACGAUUCCCUGUUUGGUCGUAUGAGGGAGGCUCGCAAAGUUUCGAAAGGCAUAUUCGAUUUCUUGAAGAAUAUCAUCUUCCUACUCUUGGGUACAAUCGGCUGUACCAUCAUUCUUGGGGUAACAAUAGUGGUACCGAUUUGUAUGAUGGUCAUCGGGGGACUGUAUCUGUACGAUUGCCCACAGGGUGAAUACAUUCCCGUAUACUUGUUAGUGGGUGGUGGAUUCGGAGUAUUUAAACAAUUGUUACACUUGUCAGCUAGAGUGAGACAGCGUCAGGAAGAGAGAGACGAAGAAAGGAUAAGGCAAUCACCUACACAGACUCUGAUCAAUUGUUUUAUGCUCGGAUGGUUCAUUAUUGGCUCGAUGUGGGUGUACAAAGAGUACGAGCCGAAUUAUGACCCGGCGCUGGGCAAGCACUGCAACAAAACGCUGUACUUGUUCGCCUUCUGGCUGAUCACGUCGGUCUACAUAUGCCUGGGCGUCGUGACGGCCGGCCUGUGCAGUAUUUCCGUAGCUAGUAUCGCGUUUCAGAGAUCGCCGCCGCAGGUCUGAGACAGCGCGGCAUCGUGCUCGUGUUCAAAUCUCUGAGAUGACGUAACAACACAACCGCCAGGACCAUCCGUAUUUAACAAACGUCUGGGAGUCGCGCGGCUUAACCGUAUUUAUCCGAUGAAGACACGCAGCUCACGCGGUUGUACGCGUGCUACCCGCGUUUUACGCGGGAACGACGAAUCUCGAAAGAGGGAGCGCCGUCUCGCGUUACCGUGGCCCUCGUGAUCAUGGGAACUCGCCAACACCACCGCUCCCCCCUCCCCUGGUCGUUGAACACGGAUCGCUCAUUCUUUUAUAUACGCCGGACGCGCCAAUAAUCGGGAUCGGAAGUUUCAAAUACGGAGCGGAUCUCCAGUUUGUAUAUAGAGAUACGGAUGUACGUGUUGUAAACGUUGAGAAAUCUCAUUCUGGGAGCAAACCGACGAGUGUAGUCGCGCUCGGCCGCGACGUCGUCUUGUCGCCGACGAAACGAGUCGCUUCGCAGAGAACGAACGAAAAAGAAAAAAAGGAAAAAAAACAAGAGAGAGAAAGAAGACAAGCAAAGAAGAGGGCGCAAAAAUUUCGUCCACGUUUACGUACCUGAGAUGCUUAAACGACUAUUUCGAAAGAAAUCGUUGGCACGUUAAACGCACAUAGAGUAAUCGCGCGGCGCGCGAUAUGAAAUUUCAGACGGAAGAUCGUCGUCGUCGUCGUCUGAAGGACGAACGGCUGUCGUUCGCGCGAAAAGAGGCGCGCAAUUAUCUCUCCUUAGUUAACUCUCAACCGACGCGGUAGCGUCGUGACGCCAAGUACAUAAAAAUCGAUUCGACUUUGUCGAGAUUGCACUCCCCCGGAGGGAAAUCGGAGAAUACACGGACACAUCAACGUCAGUUCCCUCGUCUCUCUCUCUCUCUCUCUCUCUUUCUCUCUCUCUCUCUCUCUUUCGUCCGCGCACAGCCCUCCAGGACAGCCGGCUGAGAACGAGAGGAGGCGAGGGGGAAAGCGGAGUAGUCGCUUCGACCGGAUUUAAGGGCUGUGUGUCGCGUUAAUUCGCGGAUUCUCGAAUCUUGUGCCAAGUGGACGCGCGGAGUUGCAGACCAAAGUAUUUUGCUAUGACGGUGUUGUUCGCGCCAGCGCGUUGCGUGCGUGCGUGCGCUACGACGCGUUUCUAUGUAAUAACGAGAUAAAGACCCGUUCUCUCCCCUUCACUUCCUACCCCUCAUAUACACACACACACACACACACACACACACACACACACACACGUACAUACUAUACCUUCUCCUCCUCCCUCACGGAAUUCCUCCCUCGCCGCGGCGGGUUGGUGGUGCGCGCGCGACUCGCGCACCACGCUUACGGCGACGCUUCGAUACCGACCGGUCUAACUCACCGUAACUCCGCGGUAAUAAAUGUUAGUCAUCUGCAUCGACGCUAAUCGACCGUUUCUCCUCUCUCGACUUCUUAUCUAUGUUAAGCAUCCUACGGAUUUUACGGACAAUGUACAGUCGAAGUACGCACUCCGCUUACUCGUGGCGUAACUUAUUCUUAAAAGACUGCGAUCUCGCGCGACAAUUUAUAUUUAUUCACCCUCUCCUCCGUCCUUCUACGCAUCUAUAUAGAUCUCCAUGGAUCUGCCCUUUUUGUGUCUAUACAUGUGUACGAUUAAUUUUGUUAAUUUUUCUCUUCUUAGAGAAGAUCGACUACAACAGGAAAGUACGGGCGAUGUUGUAUGACGUUUUUUUUUUUCUUCUUUUACCUUUCUCCCGACGUGCGUCUAUCCUGUAAAGACUAAAAAAACGACAGUAUUUGUCAGUAUUGCUGAUUUUUCGAAGGAAAAGAGAAAAGAAAAAGAAGGCCACGCCCCACGUCGUCGUCGUCGACGCGGCGUGGACUUAUUUGUAAUUUAAUUGAAACGAUUGUAUUAUGAAGUGUAUUAUGAAGAAUAGCCGUUGUAAAUAUUACCAUUCCUUCUACUUUCGUACGACUUGAUCCGCUUCUCCGACUCGAGUUUAGUCUUCCUCACCCAGUCCGUUUGUAAGAACAUGAUUAUUACGAGCGUAGGAUUAGACUUAAGCGUAGAGGUAGACCAUAGACGUGAGGCGGGCGUAGGCACAGGCGCGCGUGAUCGCGCCUGUGACGAUGCGACGAAUCUCGCUGUAAUAUGCUUGUGCGCGUAACGAUUAACAAUAACCGAGCUUGAUGCAUCCAAUUGUGCAUAAAUGUAAUACGAUACAGGCAGACAGACAGACACACAUGCGCGCGCGCGCACACGCAUACACAUAUUACCAAAUUUUUAUCGUGCAACAAUUACAAGCUUAUUACACACGCAAGUUGCGAUAAAACAGGCGAUACGGGAAAUUGGCGAUGAUUCCUCGCGCGGAGAUAAAUCGAAGAGGCGGAAUGAACGUCGUCUCGUGCGAGGUUUCUGUGCUGUGUUCCCGAACGACGGAAGCUCAUUCAACGCUCCUGAUUUAUUCUCACGACGCCAAGCCGCGAUAUGCUAUUCGUAUUUCCUUUCUCGGCUUCUCGCCGCGAAUUGGCUCGCGCACGAUUCGAUCGCGCGCGCGCGCGUCAACAUCGCGUUCAGCCACGCACGAACUGGGGAUUAUUGUAAAUAAUACGAUCUAAAUGUAUGAUUAUCGAUCGAGCGGAUAUAUACGUGUUUACGUUGCAUUUAUUACGCUAUUAUAAAAGUGACGAGAUUAAUUUACGAUAAUGUAAUUGCAUUCCUAUGCUCUAUGCAUGGCAUAAAAGCAUAACGCACACUUGUUGUUACAAUUUCCUAAAUAAAGCGCUUGAAAAUCA